GAGACACAGAGGCGUGUUGUCCGUCUCCUAUAUCUCACAUUACAGUAGAAGACUCACAGAGGAGCGUUUAAGAGCUGAAAGGACUGAAAGAUAACCAGCAUGGCCUCGACCAUCCCCACCAUCCUGGCCUUUACUGCCACUUUACUUUUAUCCGCAUUUGCUGAUGACUGCGACAGUUACACUUUUGCUGGUAUUCACAAGCAAAAACAGUAUUGUUCGUCUCGGGAGUUCUGCUGUGGUUCCUGUGAGAGUCGGUAUUGCUGCACAGAUAUCUUCCGUAAACUCGAUGAGGACAUCUGUUUUUCAAGGGAGUUCGAAACCAUUCCGAUUGCUGUGGGUAUCGUGAUUACGAUCGUCGUCAUCGUACUCAUCAUCGCCUGCUGUGUUUGUCCCUGCUGCUGCUUGUACAAAAUGUGCAGGAAACCCAGACCGGUGAUGGCAACAACCACAACCACAGUAGUAACUACACAGUAUCCUCAGCAGCAGCCUCCAAACCCUGCUACUCAGUAUCCAGCCUACCAGCCAGUUCCUGCACAGCCCGGCUUUGCUGCCCAGCCCGGGUACGGAGGACAGGCCAUGCCCCCUGCCCAAUAUCCGAACCAGCCUUAUGCCCCAGGACCUCCUCCUCCAUACCAGGAGAGUGGAGGAUACCCGGCACCAUACAGCCAGGCUGCCUACGAUGGUUCUCAGGCUCCGUACCCUCUCAAUCCCCCUAUGCAGCCCGGCUACGCUCACCCUCCUCCAUCAACCAACUACAACGCAGCACAGCCUCCGUACAACCCGGCCUACGUGGAGCCGCCCAAAACGGGAUACUAAGCCACGACUGUCUGACACCACACAGACUCGGCUGGAUUACACACGCCUACAUACUUCCACAUUGGGUCACUCCAGUCCUAUAUGUGCUAUAUUUAAAAUGGAAAAGCUUUCUGAUGUGAUCGAAUCAUUCUGACUGUUAUGGCUUAAACCUCAAUAUAAACUGCAGGAUAAGAAAUGACAUAGCGAUUUUCCAUUGGAUAAUUUAGCACAUAUAGGACGUGUUUAAUGACUCCAAGCCAUACUCUGUGCUUUCUUCAGUUGUCAGUGAAAAGAAAAGGCGAAUGAGGCUCAUACGAGUGUGAAAGAACCAGUGCAGAACCGAGACAUAUUCUCUUUCUUCCUUUUAUUAAGUGUGGCGGUUUUACAAUGCAGGGUCUGAGCUUGAUAUCUGGGGGACUGAAGAAGGGUAGUGUGCUUCUUUGAGCACUUUUGACCUCAAACUUGGCUGAUGUAAUAAAGUAAGAGGAAACUUUUUUUUUUUCUUUUAAAAUAUGCCCUAUUUGUGGUGAAGUGUGGGCGGGAUACAAGUGCUUGCGAAAAUAAAAACAGAAAUGUAACAUGAUGGAAAAUGAUGUGCGAUGUAAUUACACUGAUUCUAAAUUCACACUCAAACACCAAAGGUUUAAUUCUCUGUGAAUUUGGGUGAACUUGUAUAAACGUGUGUAUAAAGAUAGGUCAUGGUAUUCUAUUUCCUUUCAGUAUUCGACUUUUCUUUUCGAUCUAUUCGUAUAUAACCAAGGACCCAGAAUAUGCCUUAUUUCUUAUUUUAUGCAGUCAUAAGGGAAAUCCGCAUGUUUAACCAGCAGAUGUGACUUAAAGGCUCAUAUCCAAUAUCAGUUUUAAACAGGCUGUUAAUGGUGUGGUCAUUUCUUCAUAUAUAUAUUUUUUAAAUGUCCUUUUCAUGGCAUCUUCGUGACAGGAAUGGUGUGCAGUUUUGGAAGCAGACUUUUUGUGAUGUUUUUUUAUUUCACUCUGCCAUGAUUGUUUAUCAAGGCAUUACAUUUCGUAAUCAGAAAAGAGCUGUACAAGUUUUUAUUUUGACCCCAGACAGAAUUGCCUUGUCUUUUCAGCUAUUGUGUCUUGAUUUUUCUCUCUCUCUCUCUCUCUCUCUCCCCCCAUUACCGAUAUUUGGGUUUAGUUACAUGUAAAAUAUUUUCAUUCAGCCAAAUUUCCAAAGCAAAUUAAACAUUUAUGUGCUUGAA